UUGUGACUGUAAACGUUGCAGACAUGGAGGAAGUAAAAGUGUUUCCGUUAUCCUGCGUGGUCCAGAACUAUGCCUGGGGAAAGAUGGGGCUGGACAGUGAGGUGGCGAAACUUGUCGUUGGUGCAGACCCUCAAGCUGUCAUAGAUGAGGGCAAGCCGUAUGCUGAGCUUUGGAUGGGAACCCACCCAAAAGGUGAUGCCCUUAUCAAAGACAACAGGAUAUCUCAAAGAACACUUGGGCAGUGGAUCGCAGAUUACCCAGGAUGCUUGGGGUCAAAAGUCAAAGACACAUUCCAGGGACAACUACCCUUCCUCUUUAAAGUCCUGUCUGUCAACACUGCACUGUCUAUUCAGGCACACCCCAACAGGGAGCUGGCUGCCAAGCUCCAUGCCCAGUUUCCUGAGCACUACCCUGACAACAACCAUAAACCUGAGAUGGCCAUCGCUCUCACACAGUUUGAAGGCCUCUGUGGCUUCCGGCCUGUGGAGGAAAUUAUUGCCUUUCUGAAAAAUGUCCCUGAGUUCCAUGCUCUAGUAGGGAAUGAGCCUGCAGAUGAGCUGCACAGCAGCGUGGGUAACCCCGUCCGAGUCUCUCUCGCGCUGAAGAAGUGUUUCAGCAGGAUGAUGAACUGUGAAAAGAAAGUGUUUGUAGACCAGCUGAACAUGCUGGUGAAAAGGGUCUCAGAGGAAGGAGCUGUAGGGAAAGAUACAUCAGGCAGUAAUGGGGAGAUGCUACUUCGCCUCCACUCCCAGUACCCAGGUGACAUCGGCUGCUUCUCCAUCUACUUCCUGAACCGCAUUGUGCUGCAGCCAGGAGAGGCCAUGUUUCUGGGAGCCAACGAACCUCAUGCCUACCUAUCUGGAGACUGCAUUGAGUGCAUGGCCUGUUCGGAUAACACGGUCCGUGCCGGACUCACCCCGAAGUACAUUGAUGUGAACACACUGUGUGAAAUGCUAAACUACAGUCCGGCUCCAGCCAGUGCUAAAAUCUUCCCUUCGGUUCAGGACCCCUCAGACCCCUGCGUCUACCUGUAUGACCCUCCCAUACCAGACUUCACUGUCAUGAGGAUACAGGUUCCUGCCUCAGUGAGGCAGUAUGUAGUGAACCCUCUAGACUGUGCUGGCAUCCUGUUGGUGGUUCAGGGGGACGCCUGCGCUGCCUCCGCUGCCGCCCUCUCCGACACUGUGCUGAGCAGGGGCUCUGUGCUCUUCAUCUCAGCCAAUGAGAGCGUCACACUUAAGGUGACAUCAUCUGGGAUGACAAUGUUUCGGGCCUGUUGUCUGCUGUAGGUGAAAGGCUUUCUGUUCCGUGCUUCCAUGUUGAGACACAUCUCACUACUGAUAUUAAUGUCUGGGAUUUGAACCAUUAAAUGUUGUUCAUUGUUGCUUGUUGAUCAGAAAAUACAAAGGAGCACAAGCAUUAAGGAUUAGAGGUGGAAAAGUUGAGGUUCAAAAACUCUUGCCACAAUUGUGCAUCACCCAAUUUGUGUCACUGAUUAAUCUGGUUGCCAAUUUUAGCUCAUUAGCAAAGCUAAGUGGUUGGAAUAAACAGCUGGGCAGGAUUUUUACAUUUGGAACCUGGACUUUUCACCAGUUGAUGAUAAACAUCUUAAUUUUAGCAGACAUCAUACACAUACAUACAUAAGGAAGAAAGACACACACACACACACACACACCAGCACAUAUAUGGGAACAUAUUGUGGUGUCUUUUCCUUGUGGUCUUGUCACUUGAAUCUUAUCAGAGUUUAAUUAAGGAAAGAUAUUUUAUUAAUGGUGUGUUAGGUGAACUGAUAACAAACGAUAUGCCAGACUAUUUCCCUCUUUCCAUUAAACUCAUGAAUGUGUCAAUUCUAAUGGGUGAGCAUGACAAGUCUUCUUUCCAAUUAAAAAGCCCCUUUUCCCAAAUGUGAUAUCUAAGCAAGAACAAAAACAAGCAUCUCCAUUAAUUAGGAGUAUGAACAUUUAACUUUCUCCCUAUUAAGAUGCCCAUGCAUGUAUUAAAAAAAAACAAACAGGUAAAACUCUGAUUUGAGUCAACCCAUGUAGAACAACUAUUCAGAAUUUAGCAAUAUAUACGUGCAUGGUUUGUCUACUUUUAUAUAUGUUUGACUAUGAAAUUAACAUUUAUGGUUAAUUAAUGUAAGCAAUGUACUUCAAACAGGGUUAAUGAGCUGAGUGUGUGGAGAGCUGAUAAAGGUUAGGGUCCUUAAGGUCUCCAUCAUCUGGAUUUCACUUUUACCAAGUGAAAACACUACUCACUCUUCAGGGACUUUAUUUCAUACAACGCUGAAAAUCUACUACUCUUUUGGUCAAAUUAUUGAAAUGUAUUGACCUUUCUAAUUACACCUUUCAGGUGCUAAAUAUGAGGUUUAACUUUGGUGAAAAAGCAAAUAAGUCUGUAUGGUUAAAGGUUGCACAUUUGCAAACUCUGAAUUUUUAUUACAUGUAUCUAAAUUUGAGUUGUAACUAAUGCUUCCUGUGCACUGAUAUUCCUCUGCAGCUCAGUUCGUGUGUCUGGCUAGAUACUGCUUGCACUAGAGUUAUUAUCCUGAUGUUUGUUUACUGUACAUCUUGUGCACUUUUACCUGUGAUCAACUGAGGCAAAUUGUGUCUCAAAUCUACAAACUGGACUUCAUAUUAUUUACAUGUGGUUGCUACCUCCAGUGAAGGUUUGGAAUGAAGGCAUGGAUUGGCAUUUUUGCAUUUGCAGUGGCAUGGGUUUGUCAAGGCUGUACGUAAACCAUAAUAAAUUACAGUAGUCAUU